GGAAUGUACCGAGGCAUUAUUGUUUAAAGUAUUAGCAUGUUACAAAUACCUCCCUUCAAAGGACCGAUAGCUUUCAUAUUAAAGGACCAUGAAUCACAGGAGUUCGUAUUAAUCUCCCAUUAUCUUAGUGUGCGUCAUUUUCAGCAAUGUACACACACAGAGGCGCUGCCGAUAAGACAACGAUAGGGAAACUUAUCAUUCCACCGCGAUUACGAGUCGAACGCAGAUGGGCUUGUGUCAUCGUUUUUAAAAAGUAAAAAUGCGCGCCCUUUGUUAUUUGACGUUUCUAUUUUUCAUAUUUAAAAAUGGAAGUGCUCAAGACGUUUAUGAAGAAUUAUUGAAUGAAGAAGUGUUGAAAUUAAUACAGUUGUGUGAAGUUUGUACGUGCAGUGAAAUUCCGGAUAUCGAUAGGACUCAUAUAGUGUUGUAUGUUCAGUGUUCAGAGUUUGAUAGGAUCGGUAAUGUUGCCGACCUAGACAAGAUCGCUUGGCCAUUGAAUCCGAAUGGAUUGAAAAUAUCGGCAACGUUCGAUGGACUGGGAUUGUCAACAUUGGGCAAAUUGCCGCCAAAUUCACAAGUCGAAACGCUAAAGUUUACCAACAACGCCAUAAAAGCGUACUGGCCAGAUCCGUUCAGUGACGUUCCAAAUUUGAAAAUACUGUCAUUCUCGCACAACGAACUGACGGAGAUCACGCCGGACCUAUUCACGAACAUAGAAGGAUUGGAAGAUCUUGAUCUGUCGCAUAAUAAACUAUCAGAAUUUAAUACUUUAGAUUUCAAACAUUUACGACAUGUGAAGAAAUUAAGUUUGUCGAGCAAUAAUUUGAAGAAGAUUCCCUUGGAUGCACUGCAGCCUAUGACGUCACUUGAAGAGCUGGAUGUCAGUAAGAAUGGAAUCUUUGACUUGUUGCUGCAAAGAAAUGAUGUUGAAAAUCUAGCUCGGUUAAAGAGAUUGAAUCUUAAUGACAAUAGAAUUAGAUCCAUAACGAAGGAUUCCUUCCCCGCCAAUAACAGCCUAGAGCUAUUGGAUUUAUCAAACAACAUCAUAGAAAUAGUGGAAGAAGAAUCCUUCCUUACCUGCACGAAUUUAAGAGAAUUGAACCUUGCGCAGAACAAUAUAACGCUGCUUUUCGCUUUGCCGCCGACGUUGCAGAUUGCUAUACUGAAAGUGAAUACUUUAUUCCAUUGGCCUAAGUUCCCUAAUGGUAUAAAGUACAUAGACCUCUCAUAUAAUAGGCUAUCAGAGUUAUAUGAUGAGAAUUCGGUCAAUUUUGACAGUCUGGAGGUUUUAAACAUCGGAGGAAACCAAAUAAAAGAACUGACAAUAGAAAAGAAACUACCAAGCUUAUACAUCCUAGACUUAUCUUACAACCUCAUUACAGAAAUACCAAAGACAAUAAGCACACAACUUUUCCCCAAUUUAGAGGAGCUUCAUUUAGAUGGAAACCCCAUAGAGGCGGUUUAUUUUAAAAAUAUAAUUGCAGUAAAGAGUUUGUAUAUGAAUGAGAUGAAGGCUCUGAGUGUUGUCGAUGAGAAAGCGUUCAGUAACGUGGUUGGUCGAGCCACAGAUGAGACGGAGAAUGAAUUGAACUGUUUCUCUCUCUAUCUCUCUAGUUGUUCCUCAUUGGUUGAAAUUAAGGCGGGAGCUUUUGAUGGGACGUCGUUGUGUAUGCUGGACAUAAGCAAGAACAACUUAACGUAUCUACCAAAGACUCUAGUGGAAUGGUCGUCAGUGAGCGAGGGUGUGAACCUGCAACAUAAUCCAUGGGACUGUACCUGCGACAUGCAGUGGGUGGUGGACGACCUACUGCCGCAGAUGUAUGCUAUGAACCAGUCGCAUCUGUUGGCUGAACUUAGGUGUGGCAGUCCUCGUGCCUUCGAAGGUCUCCGGCUGGUGCACUGGUACAACUGGACGGAGCGCGCCAUGUGCAGUGAGCAGUAUUCAAGGAGCGGGAUGCAUGGGAACUACAUGUUGGAACCAUCAACGGAAAACAGUCUACAGAAAUUCAGCUCCCUAACUAUAAUCUUAGGAGCAUGUAUCAUAGUAACGUUACUGAUAGCUAUAGCGCUGGCAGUGUAUUUGGUGAAGACGCGCAAACAAUAUCGCGUGCGUCGCGCCGCCAUGCGCAGGAAGCGACAGAGCGCCGCCGACAUCAGCAACGGACAUAAAGAACAGUUCACUAACUUGAAUACUAGUAAAGUAUAAUUUGUGUAGUCGUUUUUUUAGGUAUUUUUAGAGCGGUUAUGAAAAAUUGUCGGAUGAAUAAUGGAAUGGAUGAUAUGUUUUUUAACGUAAAUCAUGCGAUAGAUAUAUCGUCGGGGAUAGUGCAAAUCCACGGAACUAGGGAACUAACUAACUAACAUUGGUAAUUCAGCGUAAUUGACAAAUGUAGCUUAUUCAAGUUUUCGCGGGAAAAUUCCGCAAAAACUUAUUUUUGGUAUGUAAAAAUGAGCUUCAAAUUCAUUGAAUUAACAUGGAAUAAAUUUAAUAAGAUUUAACCAUCCCCUGUAAAACUGAAUCUUUUUUUUAUGGGAUAAGCCGGGAAACGAGCAGACGGAUCGCGCCGCCCAUGGACACCUGGAACUUCAGGGGCGUUACAAGGGCGUUACCGGCCGUUUGGGGAUUAGAAAUUUAGGGAUUGUUGGGGGGUAAAGGAGCCUCCGGUAGCCUCACUCACACGAUGAACCACAACGUUGUUUGACAUCGGUUUUCUGUGAGGUCGUGGUAUCACUCCGGUCGAGCCGGCCCAUUCGUGGAUCUAUUGUAAAUACGUGGUGUUAACGUACGGCAGUUUUAAGUAUUUGCACUAUCCCCGACAAUAUGAGUUUAUGGGUUUAUACACAGUGACGUAACUACAGGGUGACAAAGCGGCAAGAUGCCACUUUCCCCCAGCUGGAAGAGGCCCCCAAUAAAAAGAUUUUAUUUUAUAUAAUUCCUCUCUUUUUUAUUGGUCCUCCCAUCCGAUGAAUUUGCCACGGGCCUCGAACGGUAUAAUUACGCCACUGUUUAUACAUUUCCUUUUCUAUGAUCAUAGCUAUCAGUAAAUUAAAACUAUAAUGUAGUCAUUUCAUACAAAUAAUGUUGAUAUAAGAGGCUGCUGAGAUUAUUUUGUUAUUUCUUAAUACUUUAGUAACACUAAAAUAGUAAUAUACAGCUACCGCCACGCCAAUGCAAAUAUUAACAGCAAUUUUCUGUAUUAUCCAAUCGUAUGAAAGAGGUAAUGCGUAGACCACGGUUCUAUAAUUUAAGGCAACCAAGUCAUUUCAAAUAGGUAUAAGAUUUAAGUACAAACACCAAAUGUUUAAACCAAAUCUAAUAUUUUAUUAAUUUCAAAUAAGUAGUCGGUACAUGAUUUCCUAAUGCCUUCAAUACUUUUUGCUAAAUAAUCUAAUCUAAAUUGUGCCCAGUGUAUAGCAUCACCGCCUAUUACACGGGACUUGAAUAUUGAUCCGUAUGCUAUAUAUGGUCGACUAUUAGGCUGCAUCAGUGGUACCAUUCUUUUUAAUAUCGACCAAUUUUUGUACAUAAGUAUUAUUAGAAUAUUAUGAUCUAUUUGAAUACGAAUAAAGUUGAUUUUCAAACUAUUUGUGUUACCACUGAUGAGCUGUUUUUGUAAGAUAAUUCUUGAUGCUAAAUAAUUGCUGUGCAAUGCUAUGUUCUGAGGCUUAGAGAAUGUUUGAUAUUUGAAAUAAUUUGUUUUAUUCUGUAAAUAGUAAAAUUCUAUUAUUAUUUUUAAUAAAUAUUAUUCGCAUUUUUGAAAGAAAAAGCUUAGUAACUUUUUAAUGAUAAUUUUAAUAUUUAAUUGAGUGAAUUUCUCUGUACAAAUGUUGUUUCAUAUAUCGAUUUUUUUAUUUGAUAAAGACAAAAUAUGUAUUAGGCAGUAUUAUCGACCUAUCAAGUAUAAAAAAGGUAAGAAAAUAAACAUUAAAUUGGUACAAGGACACACUAUACUGGUUGGUUACUGUCUCUGUACUGAAUCAAACUUAUUUUUCUUACCUACAUUUCAAUUAAUUUGGUAACUUUACGAUGAAA